GGGGCCGGAGCCGCGGCGAGGGCUCGUCGCGCUCCGCAGCCAGCUUCGGUGGCGAAGGCGGGCGGUACUCGUUUUCUGCGCUCAUCUUGGUUAGUGGUGAGGGGCCCGGGUCGGCCUCCGGGCGCACUGCGACCGCGGAGACUGUGGCCGGGGCUGCCCCUCUUGCUCCUGGAGCGAGGCGCGAACGAUGGAGGCACGGAAGGACGCGUCCCGAUCCCCAUUUGGGGGGCAUCGUUACGCAGCCCGGCCCCGUAGGGAGCGCACCGCCCCCUCCGUAUCCUCGCGGCUACGCCGGGUUUCAGCGUGACACCCUCGCCAGCCGCCUCGCCUAACAAACUUGACGGAUUUGCUCCACAGCCUUUCUUCUAGCUCCAUGCUGGACGAGAACCACCACCUGAUCCAGUGCAUCCUGGAGUACCAGAGCAAGGGCAAGACGGCCGAGUGCACGCAGUACCAGCAGAUCCUGCACCGGAACCUGGUAUACCUGGCCACGAUCGCAGACUCCAACCAGAACAUGCAGUCCCUGCUUCCUGCCCCGCCCACGCAGAACAUGAACCUGGGCCCUGGAGCCCUGACUCAGAGCGGCUCCAGCCAGGGCCUGCACUCUCAGGGCAGCCUGAGUGACGCCAUCAGCACGGGCCUGCCACCUUCCUCCCUCCUGCAGGGCCAGAUUGGCAACGGGCCGAGCCACGUGUCCAUGCAGCAGACGGCGCCUAACACGCUGCCCACCACCUCCAUGAGCAUCUCUGGGCCCGGCUACAGCCACGCGGGACCCGCCUCGCAGGGCGUCCCCAUGCAGGGGCAAGGCACCAUCGGCAACUACGUGUCUCGGACCAACAUCAACAUGCAGUCCAACCCAGUCUCCAUGAUGCAGCAGCAGGCGGCCACGUCGCACUACAGCUCGGCGCAGGGCGGCAGCCAGCACUACCAGGGCCAGUCGUCCAUCGCCAUGAUGGGGCAGGGCAGCCAGGGGAGCAGCAUGAUGGGGCAGCGGCCCAUGGCGCCCUACCGGCCCUCCCAGCAAGGCUCUUCCCAGCAGUACCUGGGCCAGGAGGAGUACUAUGGCGAGCAGUACAGCCACAGCCAGGGCGCCGCGGAGCCCAUGGGCCAGCAGUACUACCCCGACGGCCACGGCGAUUACGCCUACCAGCAGUCAUCCUACACGGAGCAGAGCUACGACCGGUCCUUCGAGGAGUCCACGCAGCACUACUAUGAGGGGGGAAACUCCCAGUACAGCCAGCAGCAGGCCGGGUACCAGCAGGGUGCCGCGCAGCAGCAGACGUACUCCCAGCAGCAGUACCCCAGCCAGCAGAGCUACCCCGGGCAGCAGCAGGGCUACGGGCCUGCCCAGGGAGCCCCAUCACAGUACCCCGGCUACCAGCAAGGCCAAGGCCAGCAGUACGGAAGCUACCGAGCACCGCAGACAGCGCCGUCUGCCCAGCAGCAGCGGCCCUACGGCUAUGAACAGGGCCAGUAUGGAAAUUACCAGCAGUAAGGGACACACAUUCUGGCUGGAGCCCUUGUGGUAGCGUGUUCAUCCAGGGGCCGGAUGGGCUGGCGGCAGCUCUGGUGAAUUGUGACAUGUUGGUUACCUGUUCGCCCAGUGCCACGUCUGCAUGUGAAGCGUGCUCAUUUCAUGCUGGGUAUGACGCCGAGCGCACACCACUGGCGUGAGACAGCGCUUGGUGGUGUGAUACUUUUGGUGCUGUGUAUAGUAUUGUAUGUCGGUACACGGAGAGGUAUCCUUUUUUUGUCCCCCGCCCCCUUCUCAAUGUUUCUAGCUAGCUUUGGGGGUCAUUUUGUCAUCAGAGCAUUCUGUGCCCAGGGACAGGACAGAUCUCAAGGACACCACAGUCCACCUGUUCCCGUCAACAGACCUUAGGUCUCAUUUUCCUCCUCAUGCAGUGUUGUAGUGUGGGUUGUCAACUUUUCUUUAACUGGCUACGCCACAGCUGGACACACAUGCAGCCCCUGGAGGGCAGCCUCUUCCUGUGCCUCGAUGGGGUGGGUGGGAGGGCAUCUUCUGUGCGUUGGGUCAGUUUCUGUUACGUAACGAAAAGGAUAAACAUCUCCCACGGGAGAGGCCACAGAUGGCCACUUCCAGAGCUUGCCCAUUGCCUGUCUCUCGCCAAAUCCGUUUAUCCAAAAAGGUACAUGUUUUUGUAUUAAAAAGUAAACAGGGAUCAAUGACUGUAUUCCAAAUAAAUAUGAAUCCCUAAGGGCCGUUGACAAAUUGCCUAACCCAGGGCCAGCGGUAUUGCUGAAGGAAAGGGGCAGCUCUCUGGGAGGUGGGCCCUCAGAGAUUACUCUGGCUUUGACCCUUGUUUAGCUGAUGGUCAUUUCUGGGAUUGGAAUAUUUAAUAUGCCCAAUUCUAAGUUGAUAGGUAAUUUUAAAUAUUCAAACCAAAUCUUCCAAACAGUUGGCAAGUUGUUUAUUUUAUAUUAUUUCUUCCAGGACCUACUUGCUCAGAUCUCCAAGCAAGCAUUUCUUUUCUUUUAGGGAUGUCUGAAAGUCACAUCCAGUUACGUUACUGUGUUCUUUCUAAUGAAAAGUAAAGGUUUUAUAUAGAGAAACUUGAGUAAUUUUUACAUUUCUAAGACAUUAAAUCCCAUUUAAAUUCUGUGUGAACAUUAAAGACAGCACACUUGCAAAAGUAUGGUCAAAGGAAAAAAAUCCCACAUUUCAAUUAACAAGUAGCAUGGACAUUUGAUCAACCUUUAGUUGGAAUAAUAAUAUUCAUAUUUGCUAUGAAUCCUUUUAAAAAAAUCUUUGGAUAAAUGCUGACAGAUUUCCAAGAACUACCAAGAAAAUACAAAAGAUAUCCAAUGCUUGAUAUAUGAGGCCUAGUAAUAACGAUAUUUCUCUUUAAUUGAUGUUUUGUUUUAAAAGUUAAAAGUAAUUCUUGGCAUGGUGGUUCACGCCUGUAAUCCCAGCACUUUGGGAGGCCGAAGCGGGCGGAUCACCUGAGGUCGGGAGUUCGAGACCAGCCUGACCAACAUGGAGAAACCCCGUCCCUACUAAAAAUACAAAAUUAGCCAGGCAUGGUGGUGCAUACCUGUAAUCCCAGCUGCUCGGGAACCUGAGGCAGGAGAAUGGCUUGAACCCAGGAGGCAGAGGUUGUGGUGGGGCAAGAUCGCGCCAUUGCACCCCAGCCUAGGCAACAAGAGUGAAACUCCGUCUCAAAUAAAUAAAUAAAUAAAUAAAUAAGUUAAAAUUAAUUCUUUACCCAGAGUUGAGUGCUUUAGAAUUUACAAGUCACUUAUGUGUUUUGCUUGAAUUAAUUCUGACAGCCCCUAUGAGGAAAUCUGGAGGCAGGUAACAGUUCCCAUUUUAGAGAUGAAGAACUGAGGCACAGAUUAAAGGACUUGCCUGUGUUGAAUACCAGUCCUGUUCUAGGACAUUCUCCCCUCUUCUAGGAGACAGAUGUCACACACAAAUGGGGAUAGAAGUGUUUAUUGUGUAGGCGUUAAGGGUUUCUAAAACCCUUAACACUGGUAAGGGCUUAAAAAUAAAUGUAUAUGUUCAUGUUCGAUUACUGAAAUGAGAGUUCGUAAUUGCUAAUUGACAAAAGUAUUAGCAAUUUCAGUUAGGGAGUCAUCUCCCUUGAUUUUGUUCUUUUCCUGUCAAUUUUCAUAGAACUAAUUUGCAAACUCAAUCGGGGACUAAAAUUUCCCACUGAAAAUGUUAAACAUUUUAGAUAACUGUGAAAAUAGUUUAUUUUUAUUCCUUGCCAAUCUGGGAAUAUGCCUUUUUUGUGUGUUUGUGUGUUUUUUUAAGUGCUGUAUUAAUAAUACUUUCUGAAAGAAAAGGACACUUAUCCCAAAACUUCAAUCUGAAAUGUCUUACAUUAAGAAUAUCUUGAAUGUUGUGUAUAUAUUUUAAAAAGCACUUUGCAAAAUAGUUUGUACAUUUAUUUCCUAAUUUAUACAUGAUUUUUGGUGUUAAUAUAUUUAAUGAUUAAUAACAGAAUGUUUAUUUAAUGUGCUGUCGAUUUUUAUGUCAUAUUAUGGGGAAAGUGAUGCCAGCAGUUCCUUUUCAUUAUUCUAUCUUCUGUCAUAUGAAUGUUGAGCAAAGCUUAGGCCAACAUGAAUUGUUUGUGAAGUGUGGUUGAUGGUGCUUUGUUUUUUUCUGACUACUUCUAUGGAAGGCCAGUGAAGAAGCAAAGGAAGACAUGAAAAUUGACGCUCAUUCUUCUUCCUAUUGUUCCCUGACAUCCAGCAAAUUGUGAAUUUGAAAAAUGAUGGCCAGUUUUCAGAAGUGCUGACAAAUUCAUAUUGGUAUGCAAAAGCUCAUCACCCAUUAAGGUUUGUUGUUGAAUCAACAGUACUUAGCAUAUUAAAACAGUACAUCAGAACUCAUGCCAACAGUCUUUAUGAUGGGAUUAAGGUGGACAAGAUCUCCUAAGAUCUGUGAAUGGGAUUAAGGUGGACAAGAUCUCCUAAGAUCUGAAAAGAAACCUUAAUACGCUCAUAUGGUUGGAGUGUUAAGUGAACCUCUGAUUUUGUCAGGGUUUUUCUACGUAUAGGCUUGAAUAGGGGGCACCCCUUCAAAACUGUACAAAGAAGAAGACUGUUUUCCAUUUCCAUUUAAAAAUUUUUAGCCACUUCACUUCUAUUUAUUGAACAGGUCAAAUUUGUCUUGUUAUUUGUGAGUACAGUACAUUUAAAAAACAUCCUUAUCGGUUAUUUUUUUUUCAGUCGGAGUUUGACGUAUAAAUUGUUUAUGCUUUUGGUGUAAUCUCUUAAUAAACUGGUUCUUCAAAAAUCA